AUGUUAUCAGAAAACCAAUCUUCUGUACAUGAAUUCAUCUUUGUUGGUUUCUCUAACACUCCAAGCAUCCAGAUUUUUCUUCUCACUCUCUUUCUGCUGGCCUAUGCACUGACAAUAGCUGGAAACAUUACCAUCAUCACCAUUGUCCAGCUCUACCAGCAGCUCCACACGCCCAUGUACUUAUUCCUCAGCCAUUUGGCCUUGAUUGAGAUUGGACAUAUGACCAACACCACCCCCAAGAUGCUGGUGGACUUCUUAAAAGAGAAAAAGGUGAUCAGUAUUGCAGGCUGCUUCACACAGCUUUACUUUAACCUCUUCCUGGGUUUGACCGAGAACUUCCUGCUGGCACUCAUGGCUUAUGACCGCUACUUAGCCAUCUGUAAACCUCUUAACUACACCACUUUAAUGAAUUCUACAACUUGCAGAAAUUUGUCUCUUGGGUGCUGGGUUGGAGGGUUGCUGGCACCCUUACCUCCAAUGAUUAUGCUUUGUAGGCUGCCAUUUUGUGGACCCAACAAAAUCAACCAUUUCUUCUGUGAUUUAGCUCCAGUGCUGACUCUUCCAUGUGGAAACAAGUCAUUCACUGAAUUAUCCUUCUUUAUGUGCAUUUCCUCAAUGGUACUGGGUUGCUUCUCUUUGAUAGUUGUUUCUUAUGUUAAUAUUAUUGUUACCAUAUUGAGGAUGCCGUCUGCUGGAGGAGGGCAUAAAGCACUUUCCACUUGUAGUGCCCAUCUUAUUGUUGUAUCCAUAUAUUAUGGCUCAGUUAUGUAUAUGUAUGUCAGGCCUUCAGUGAGGGACAUCCGUGAUUCGGACAAAGUAGUGUCUGUCUUUUAUUGUACAGUGACACCAUUUCUGAACCCUUUCAUCUACAGCUUGAGGAACAAUAAGGUCCAUGAAGUAUUCAAAUUAAUGAUUUCUAAGAUAAGAGGUAUAAGCUAA